UCGCUUGCAUUUUGAGAGGAAGCAUGUUUACUUUUGUUUACGGUGCUCGUGAUUGCAGUUUUUGGCUUUUGUAGCGCGAUUUUUGCAGUCAACAACGAACAGUAUAUGCCAUGAGUGUAGAGGCCACCGGCAAGAAGCGGCGUAAAGUGUAUCUUGAUGUGAACCAGCCAUUUGUUGUGCCCCGCUCUACGUUGUGGUACAACAGCCAACAGCCAGGAACAAGCAGCGUGCAUGCAGAGGAACCGCCGCCUACUGACUCUCUUGAAGAUGACUCACAGCCGACAUCAUCCGAUCACUCAAACCAACAGCCGGCCGCUGACUUUGUGGAAUGCGGCACAGACGAAGGGCCCAGCGUCGCAGCCGAAGACUGCUACAGCAGUGAUGACAGUGACAUUGCAGUCGACACCCAUGCCGACAACCGCGAAUCUGUACUUCACGAUGAUGCUGUACCAGUAUUUGACGACGCUGAGUUACUUGCGCAGUGCGUAAGAGACUUUGGAGACAAAACGUUGCCUGGGUCAUCAACCACGGUUGCGUCAGCGGUUGUUCUGAUAAUGUCAUUCAUAGUUGCACACGGGCUGACAUGGUCGGCAGCCGAGGACCUGCUCAAACUUGUUGACAGCCUAUUCGGGUCGAAUGCAUCUGGUCUACCGCAGUCAAAGUAUCUGCUCAGAAAGCUAUGGGCCCCCAAAUGUGCAAUCAUCAUAAAAAACUUUUACUAUUGUGAUAUUUGCUUCUCCCUACUUAAUGAAAAUGCAGGCAGGCUCGCAUGUGAAAUAUGCCAAACAUCAGAGUACACCGCCGACGUCAAAAGAAAAGGAUCCUUCUUUUCUAUCAUGAACCUGAAGGAGCAAUUUCGCCAUGUCAUUGCAAAAACAAAGGAUGUGCUUUUUCAGAACCUUACUGCACUGAAGAACCACUAUGAGACUGGACAGUCAUCCAUAACCGGUGUUGCAACUGGUGGGAUUUGCCGAACACUCCGUGAGAAGGAGCUGCAAAAGUGGAGUGACCUCACACUGACCAUUAAUACAGAUGGAAGUCCCCUGUUCAAAUCUUCAAAUGCAUCUGUCUGGCCCAUCCAGCUUUCUAUCAAUGAAUUGCCUUUAGCUGUCCGCAAUGAAAACUGCAUGCUUGCUGGUCUGUGGUUUGGUCGAAAGCACCCAGACAUGUUGCUGUUCUUGGGGAAAUUCAUUGAAGAAGUUCAAGGCAUUGGGGAACUUGUGUGGCGACAUGACUCAUUAGCUGUGUACUCAAGGGUGUAUCCUGUUUGUGUUUGUGUGGAUGCACCUGCCAGGGCUGCUGUUGGAAACCACACACAGUUCAAUGGCCUCUUUGGUUGCCCUUGGUGCCUCACAUCAGCAGAACUUGAAGACGGACGGCGCCUCUAUCUUGAAACAGAGGGAGCCGUGCAGAGGACAUCAGAAGGCGUUCGGAGGGACAUGGAGCUUGCCCUGAGACUGGGGACACCUGUUAAUGGUUUGAAAGGGCCAUCACCCCUUAUGAAGCUGCCACACCUUGACCUCGUGUGGUGCUAUACAGUAGAGUAUAUGCACUGUGUUCUACUUGGGGUGACAAGGCAAUUCACGGACUACUGGCUGGAUUCAUCCAACCACCACGAGGGGUAUUACAUAGGACGACCGAGUACACUGGAAAUUGUGAACAAUCGCCUGUUGUCCAUAUGCCCACCACACCACUGCACUCGCCUGCCUCGCUCACUUCAAGAGAGGCGCUUCUGGAAGGCUCACGAAUGGAAAAACUGGCUACUAUUUUAUUGCCUGCCAUGCUGCAAAAACAUUCUUCCUUUGAAGUAUUGGAAGCACUUUGCUCUUCUUUGUGAGGCCAUUUUCAUCCUUCUGCAGGAAGAGCUUUCUCAGGCCUCUAUCAAUCACGCAGAUCGUCUUCUGCAGAGGUUCACCAGCCGGGCUGCAAAACUGUAUGGUCGGCUUUGUAUGACAUUCAACGUCCAUCAGCUUACACAUUUAGCAGAAGCAGCUCGCAAUUUUGGCCCACUGUGGGGACACUCAGCAUUCACGUUUGAAAGUGGAAAUGGACAUAUAAUCAGAUUGGUUACAGCAGCAACAGGCGUGCCAGAGCAAAUUCUUGAACGCGUCAUCAUGUCCCAGGAGGUGCAGCUGCUGUGCUCAUUUGCAUCGGUUCCUUCUCACAUAAAGCAGUUGUGCAUUACUUUUUUGGGGUACCCGAGGGUGGGGAAGGCCUGUGAGAUUGAUGGUGCUACUUUCUUUGGCACACCAAAACAUGUAACUGCCCUUUCUGCUUCUGAAGCAGCCUGUCUUGAAUAUGCACUCAACGGUGUUCCUAAUGUGAAAGAACAUUUUAGGUUUGCGUAUCAUGGGACAGUGUUUCACAGUGCGCAGUACAAAAGGAGUAGGAAAAGCAACAGCACAGCUUUUGAGUCUUUGAAUGGUCAGUGUUUUUUUAUAAAGCGUAUUUUUGAAGUGACCGACACCACGUCUUUGCAUAAUGGGCAAGUAAUUUUGCUGUGUGGUCGCAUUGUAUGUCAGGAAUCUGAUAUCGAACUUCCUCCUCAUAUAAUCGAAUGCUUCCGUUCACUGCAUAACCCACUAGUGGCCAUAAGACUGAGUGAGAUCUCAAAGCCUUGCAUUCUUGUAUCUUUUAGUGAUGAUGAAAACUUUAUGUGUAAGAUUCCAAACUUGUUUGAACGUGAUUAGUGCAUGAGAUGUAUAUUGUUCGUUUAUUAUCCAUGACAGACAUCCAUAGUCUUUCAAAUCAAAGGGGUCAUGACGAGAUCUUUUUAAAUUUUGUGUUAGCACCGCAAAACAACUGUGGCUAUGAAUGACAUAAUGCAUGAAAAAGUGGGGGAUAGGGGGUUAGGGGCAGUCUUCAGAGGGAACUGUACCAACAUUCGUCUGGAAAGUCUCUGUAAAAGCCCUGGGAAAAUCUCAGACAGCAUACCCAACAGCAAACCUGCAGUAAACAUUAUGGUCUCUCCCACAGUCUGUUUAAACAUGAUUAUUCACCUUCAGAUCAUUUUAAGACAUGAACAGAAGAUUUCGCCCUGUAUUCCAGUCAUGUAUCAAACGACACAUCAUGUGGGUGCGUACUGCUCAGUCGAAUUAUCUGUGUCUGAUGCAAAUGCGUUCAGUAUCGUAGUAUGCGAAAUGUGUGUUUGUCGUUAUAUUUUGCUAAGAAUGCACACGACAUUAUGUGUUUGAUGUUUCGUCGCAUAUUAUCUACAGUAUGCAUUAGCUCUUCCUCUAUUGCAGUAGUUUCUUGCCAUGAGCAAGACACGUUCCACGUUGUGCAACAAAUAUAGCUUUAGAAUAUUUAAUAUUCCAACAAAGCAUGUGGUGCAGUCCUGCAUGCUCGAAAUCAUCUCAACACGCACUGAAACGUGACACAGUAUUGCAUACUUUACUGUGCUACCUGAAUCUCUUGUAUGUACCUCAGUGAUUAAGUUGUGUUAUAUAAAGGCUUCUUUUAAUAGUAGCCUUAAUAAAAACCGUCCAGGUAACCCGA